CCGGCGGAACUAUACGUACAUAUAUCUAUUUCCUGUCCCUCUGGCUAUAUGUAUGGAAGCUUAGGCGGCUUGUUCUAUAACUAAUCACUGGAGAGAAUCAAACUAGAAGAAUGUGGAAGCUUAAGUUUGGAGACGAGGGUGCAAAUAACCCAUACUUGUUCAGCACGAACAACUUCCAUGGGAGGCAGACAUGGGAGUUCGACCCGGAUGCCGGCACACCCCAAGAGCGAGCAGAGGUCGAAGAAGCUCGGCUAAGUUUUUUCAACAAUCGUCACCAGGUCCAGGCUUGUAGUGACCUCCUCUGCCGAAUGCAGCUGCUGGGAGAGAAAAAGUUCAAACAAACAAUUCCCCAAGUAAAGGUGGCAGAUGAUGAGGACUGUACAUAUGAAAAGGCCACCGCGGCAUUCAGAAGGGCAACUACCUUCUACUCUGCCUUGCAAUCACCUCACGGCCAUUGGCCUGCUGAAAAUGCCGGCCCUAUGUUUUUCAUUCCCCCCUUUGUUAUCUCGCUCUAUAUUACGGGGCAUCUUAGUAAGGUGUUCUCUGCAGAGCAUUAUAAGGAAAUGCUUAGGUAUAUAUACUGUCAUCAGAACGAGGACGGUGGGUGGGGAUUACACAUACAGGCCCCUAGUAUGAUGUUUUGUACAAUUCUUAACUACAUUUGCAUGCGUCUACUUGGAGAAGGACCCGAUGGUGGUUUAUACAACGCUUGUGCAAGAGCACGCAAGUGGAUUCUUGAUCAUGGUGGUAUAACACACUCAUCAUCCUGGGGAAAGACUUAUAUGGCAAUACUUGGUGUGUAUGAGUGGGAGGGAUGCAACCCUAUGCCCCCAGAGUUUUGGAUUUUCCCGUCUUUGUUCCCUUUGCAUCCAGCAAAAAUGAACUGCUACUGCCGCUUGACUUACUUGCCUAUGUCGUACCUGUUUGGGAAAAGAUUUGUUGGCCCCAUCACACCUCUCAUUCUACAGCUGAGAGAAGAAAUGUACAAUGAGCCAUACAAUGAAAUUCAAUGGGGCAAAGUACGCCAUCUCUGUGCAAAGGAGGAUAACUACUAUCCCCAUGGCAAGUUACAGUGUUUGAUGUGGGAUACUCUUCACACAGUUUAUGAGCCUCUUCUUUCUUGCUGGCCCUUCAAAAAGUUGAGAGAGAAGGCUCUGCAAGAAACUAUUGAACACAUUUAUUAUGAAGAUGAAAAUAGUAGAUACAUAACAAUUGGAGCUGGGGAAAAGCCAUUAAUGAUGCUUGCUUGCUGGGUUGAAGAUCCGAAUGGAGAAUCCUUUAAGAAGCAUCUUGCAAGAGUUGCAGAUUACAUAUGGGUGGCAGAAGAUGGAAUAACUACGCAGAGUUUUGGUAGCCAAGCGUGGGAUGCUAGUCUUUCGGUUCAAGCUUUACUUGCUGGAAAUCUCACGGAUGAACUUGGACCUGUACUUAAGAAAGCACAUGAAUUCCUAAACAAAUCUCAGAUUAGGGAUAAUCCUUCUGGUGACUUCUUAGCCCGUUUCCGUCACAUUUCUAAAGGUCGUUGGACUUUCUCUGACCGAGAUCAUGGAUGGCAAGUUUCUGAUUGUACUGCAGAGGGUUUGACGUGUUGCCUUUUGUUAUCAACGAUGCCGACGCAAAUCGUGGGUGAACCAAUUGAAUCUGAGCGCCUGUAUGAUGCUGUCAAUGUCAUACUUUAUCUACAAGUGAGGACUAGAUUGAAUUAUCUACGGGUUUGUCUUGUGCUGCAUCUACAGGUUUAACUUGAAA